GGCCCAACCGAGCACACACACCGCCCGGUCCCCGGUCCGUCCGUCAGACAGGCCAAGUCGAAAAGAUGGUGAGCAAGUCGCUCUUACUGCUGGCGGCCGUCGUGGCCGUGGCGUGGGCUGCCCCCGCCGAGGAGCCCAACCCCGCCAAGCCCCAGGACAACGGCUCCCUCAUCGAGGACGGCGUCGAGAAGGUGUACCGCUUCCUCCAGGAGUGCGGGGACAAGGACAUGUUCUUGUGCAUGAAGAUGCGCGCCCUCACCUACGUCGACCGCGCGGUCCGCAAGUCCGGCGACAUCUCCCUGGCUGACGGCGUCGCCCUGGUCCAGUCCAGCGAGGGUGCCCGCGAGCUGUCUGGCCGCGCCCUGAGCGAGGACGAGCUCGACAACUCUCUGCCCCAGGACGCCGCCGAGCGCGACUCCCAGGUCGAGACCCUCCUCGUCGACCGCGUCGCCCGAUUCCUCGAGUCCCGCACCCUGCAGCUGAAGGUCCCCGACAGCGCCAUCUCCGACAUCCGCCGCUCCCUCGAUGAGUCCCGUGGCAAGAAGAAGAAGCUGAAGAUGCUCCUGCCCCUCCUGCUGCUGCUCAAGCUGAAGGCCGCCGCCCUCAUCCCCCUGGCUCUCGGCGCCCUGGCCCUCCUUGCCUUCAAGGCCCUCAUCGUCGGCAAGCUCGCCCUCGUCCUCUCCGGCAUCAUCGCCCUCAAGAAGCUGCUGUCCCAGCAGAAGCACACCCAGAGCUACGAGGUGGUGGCCCACCCACACUACAGCCACAGCCACAGCGGCGGUGACGAGCACGGCGGCCACUACGCCCGCUCCCUCAAGGCCGAGCAGCCCGCCCAGGACCUCGCCUACAGUGCAUACAAGCAGGAGUAAGGUGCGCCUCCCUCCUGGCGCUGACGGCGUCCUCCACGCCGCCCGCGCCGUCCUCGCCUCUCUUCUCCGUGAGCAUUGUACCAUACACCGCGUCCGGCCGGCGCGGCCCCACCCCCUCACUCCCCCGCAGAGGGCCGCGGCGGCGGCGCCUUCCCCCACCAACGCUCACCAGCUAAUUUAUUGAACCCUCAUCGUGUACGUCGCGGACGUGCCGGGGCGGGCCGGUUCGGCCGCCUCGGUGCGGCCUCCCCCUAGGUCCCCUUCCCCCCUCCCCCAAAGAGACGAGUCUGUGUGUGUGCUGUACAUUUUGUUUUUAGAAUGACCGUCCGUUCCCGACCGCUGGAAGCAAGGACUGAUUAUUUGACACAAGAAAAGAGGGGCCGUGUUUUGAGAUCUCUUAGUGAGUCGGCCCGUGGCGGGCCUUUAGUCGCCUUUAGUGCGGUGUAGUGGUGUAGUUUCCUCCUUUCCGCUUGCUUUGCGACGCGUCCCCGCGCCGCGUCCCGGCCUCCUCGCUUGCCCCUUCGCGUGCUGCCAUUCCCGUAAUAAGACGAUGAGACUGAACUGACCUCUUUUACGGAUGCUACUAUUUUCCCCUCUUGUAUAUAGACGUAUACGACUCACGUGACGCCACGCAUCUGCGCCUGUCUGUCUCUUUCUUUCUCUCUCUUCCCCACUGACGACGACUCGACACCGUGAAAGACGUUCUACAACUUGCAUGAUGUCGGUACUGCAACUCCAUUGGCGACUCGUUUUUUACGACGUGCCGCGUCUCGUCUCUGGGAAUGGAGGAUAUAGCUUUAAAAAAAAAAUAACUUUCUCAGGGCUCCAUUUCCCAUGAGAGGCGACCGGUGCAGGACUCAACAACUUGAGACCCAGGACCAAAGAGACUGUCUAGCUGCCCCCCUCCCCCUUUCCAAGCUCCCUUCCCUGCUGGGCUAACCGCCUAGUCACACCAGAGCCUCGCCGUCCCGUAGGCCGUCGGGGUUUUGGGGUAAAUGCCCCAGCCAGCUUCCUUUUUAUUUCCCGUCAGACUUGACUCUCUCCCUCUCUCUCUUUCUCUCGCUGAUGACUCAGUUUGUGUGUCAAUCCCUUCUCUCUCUCGCGCUCGCUCCGAAACAGGUUUCCUUUCUCUUUCGCUCCUCUCCCGUGCCACGAGGAGAGGAGAUGGAAAGAAAAUAUAAAAAGUAAUUAAUGGUGCCUGUAUCGACAGCGGCCGGCCCGCUGACCCAGUAGCAGCAUUCUCGCUGCUGCAUCCUGCUUGCAGGGCGUGCCCAGGGCGUGCCCAGGCAGUGCCCGGGCAGUGCCCGGGUAGUGCCCGGGGAGUGCCUCACGGCCGCACCUUGAACCUUCGACGCCCACCCGCAUCCUAGACUAGUUUGGUCGUCGCCUGGGAGUGGUCCUUAUUCGAGAAAGAUGGAAAAAACUGGUCUCUCUUGUCCUCGUAGAAAGUAAUAUGUGCUUCCAGCAGGUCAUUGUGUUACUGGACGGACUCUCCUUGUCGUGAGAGGUGCCAUGCACUUUAAUUUAAAAAUGAAAAUGUGAAACUAAAUUAUUUCCAAACAAUUCUUUGUAAAUAAUUUAUAAUAAUAUAUUGAGUCUCCUUAAUUUAUGAAAGAACCUGACUAAGUUAUUGUUGUUUUUGUUUUGUAUUUAUCGGACGCGACCAACCUCGCGAUCUGGUCUCCAAUAAAAAACGAAUGUUGUGAAAA